UAUAGCCCAGGGAAAAUGUCAGAUGUUGUAGCUAUUUGGGACGUUAUUUUAAGUGAUGGAAUCCACAAGAUUGAGUUUGAACAUGGGACCACAUCAGGAAAACGAGUCGUAUAUGUGGAUGGAAAGGAAGAGAUAAGAAAGGAGUGGAUGUUCAAUUUAGUGGGCAAAGAAACCUUCUGCAUUGGAGCUAGAAAAAUCAAAGCCACCAUACGUAUACUUCCUGUCAAAACUUAUGUUUUGAAAUAUAUUCUGGAAAUUGAGGGGAAAAGCUUCAAGAAAUAUGUGGAAAACAGAGCUAAGACCACCAACACCUGGGUACUGCACUUGGAUGGCGAGAACUUUAGAAUUGUUUUGGAGAAAAACACUAUGGAUUUGUGGUGCAACGGUAAAAUAAUAGAAUCGACGGGCGAGUUUGUAGACGAUGGGACUGAAACACACUUCAGAAUUGGGAACCACGAUUGUUACAUAAAAGCCGUGAGCAGCGGGAAGAGAAGAGAAGGGAUCAUCCACACACUCGUUGUGGAUAACAGGGAGAUCCCAGAAGUCUCUCAGUGA